GGCAGUGACGUCUCUCAGGGCGUGACUGUGCUUUCGCAACACCACUACUACUGCUACGUAACCUGUCAUUUCGCCCGCUGGAGUUUGCUCAACUUGAAGAGCACCGUUUGAAUUAAACAGGACAAAUCAGAUCGUCAUUAUCUCAUAUGGAUGCAGUGAUUCGCCGUUGCCCUUUCUUGACUGUUGUUCCCAGUGUUUUCCUCCACCUGGGUGGGAAAACGUCACUGGGGAGCUAUGCCCAAAAAUGUCCGGUGAUGAUGAACCUGGCCUCCAGACCUCUGGCCAGAUCCUUGUCUUCUUCAACUUUUUUGUCCAAAGGCGCUCUGAUGAAUGAUGACUCAAACCGCAAAGUCAAGCUGCCUUCAGGUCACCCUGUACCUCCUGCUGGCCAGGCUGUCGGCUCCAAAUGCCCUUUCCUGGCUGCAGAGAUGGUGCAGAAAAAGAACAGCGUCGUAAGAGAGGCCAGGAUGGAGCUGCAGGAGGAUGUCCAGGAGAUGCACUCUUACCGCAGCGGUAAAACAAGUUUGGAUUUAUCAGAUGUCGAUCUUGUCAAGGCAGACAAGGAUAUAUCUGCCAAAGCAACCCACCUGCUAAAGGACAAUCUACCUAAAGUUGCCACCUUCCAGUACGACCGAUUUUUUGAAAAGAAGAUUGAAAGCAAGAAGACAGAUCACACAUACAGGGUUUUUAAAACAGUGAACCGCUCUGCCCCCUCGUUCCCCAUGGCAGACGACUACUCAGAGUCUUUACAUGCGAAGAGAAAUGUGUCUGUCUGGUGCAGCAAUGACUACCUCGGCAUGAGCCGUCAUCCCAAAGUCAACCAGGCCAUCAUUGAGACAGUACGAAAGCAUGGUGCUGGUGCAGGAGGUACCCGAAACAUUUCAGGAACAAGCAAAUUUCAUGUGGACCUUGAAUCUGAAGUGGCCGACCUGCAUGGCAAGGAUGCAGCACUGCUGUUCACGUCCUGUUUCGUCGCCAAUGACUCCACAUUGUUUACUCUGGCAAAAAUGCUACCAGGGUGUGAGAUCUACUCUGACGCAGGCAACCAUGCAUCAAUGAUUCAGGGUAUACGAAACAGUGGGGUCAAGAAGUUCAUCUUCCGUCAUAAUGAUGUCAGCCACCUACAAGAGCUGCUCGAGAAGUCCAACCCCUCCACUCCAAAGAUUGUUGCCUUUGAAACAGUGCAUUCAAUGGAUGGUGCAGUGUGCCCACUUGAAGAGUUGUGUGACGUUGCCCACAAGUUCGGUGCUAUUACCUUUGUGGAUGAAGUGCAUGCUGUGGGCCUGUAUGGACCCAGAGGAGGUGGCAUUGGAGACAGAGAUAAAGUCAUGCACAAAAUGGACAUCAUCUCCGGAACCCUCGGCAAGGCAUUCGGCUGUGUGGGCGGCUACAUCGCCAGCACCAGUGCUCUGGUGGACACUGUGCGCUCCUACGCUGCAGGCUUCAUCUUCACCACUUCUCUGCCCCCCAUGCUGCUUGCGGGGGCAACGGAGUCCAUCAAGAUCCUGAAAAGUGAGGAAGGCCAGGUGCUCAGGCGGAAACAUCAGAGGAGUGUCAAGCUGCUCCGACAGAUGCUGAUGGACUCUGGCCUUCCAGUGGUCCACUGCCCGAGCCACAUCAUUCCUGUCCGAGUUUCAGAUGCAGAGAAGAACAGUGAGAUCUGUGACAUUUUGAUGUCUCGCUACAACAUCUACGUCCAGGCAAUCAACUACCCCACUGUGGCUAAAGGGGAGGAGCUGCUGCGUGUCGCCCCCACACCACACCACACGCCCCAGAUGAUGUACUACUUUGUUGAUCGGUUGGUGAAGACGUGGAAGGAGGUGGGUUUGGAGUUGAGGCCGCACUCCUCAGGAGAGUGUAACUUCUGCCAGCAGCCGCUUUACUUUGAGCUGAUGAGUGAGAGAGAAAAGUCCUACUUCAAAGGUCUCAGUCACUCGAUGUCAGCGGUGGCCUAAUGUCAUAUAAAAAAACCUAAAUCUUGGUAAUAUUUAUGCUAUUUAUUUAAUUUAUUUCUAAUAUCUCACUGCAUAUUAAAUGAUCUUUAUGUGGUUAAAGCAGUCAUUCACUCUUGUGUGUUCAUUUUUAAUACAUGUGGCCUAUACAUUAAUUUAUUCUUUCACUUAUGUGUAAAAUAAGAUUUUUAGUGAAGGACUGAACCAUUACCAAGAAACUCACAUGUUAAAUAUAAUUUCCUUCCUAGACAUCAUACAGCUACAUGUAAAACAGCCAUGUAUUACAUGCAUUUAGCUAAAACAUCCAUGAAUACAUACACAGUAAACAACAAAAUAUGGUGCACUACCAUUAAAGUGUUACAUGAUUACAAAUCAUCCUCUUUGAUCACAUUAUUUUUGCUCAACAAGAAUAAAGUCAGUUAAUUUUAACAAAGAAUAUGUAACUAACUGUCCUAUAUUGAAAGGUCUAAAUUUAUGAACUGUAGCAAAAUCACCAGACACUUUAUUAGCGAGAGUCUAGUUUUUUUUUUUUUUUUUUUGUUUUUUUAAUUUUGGAAUAUCUUUUAUAUCCUUUACAUAUGAUGAUACAUUUGAUUAUUCUGGUGAAUGCAUGACAGCAGUGUACAAAUGUGUGAAGAGAUGUUCUGCCAUUCUUCCCAGCUGUUCUUCAAUGGAAGGGUUUUGUAUUCAGCCUUCUACUUGAGUCCAAAGGUUUUCCACUGGAUUCAAAUCCCUGUUCUUAACCAGGUCAUAGUUUUUUUUUCUCCUUUAAAAACUCCUGUGUGAUUGUUCCAGUGUGUUUGGGAUCAUUGUCAUGUUGAAAAAUUCCUUCUUCUGCUAAGCUUCUUGAUACUACUUUCUGUAUGUGAUUAUACUGUUCCAUCAAUAAAUGUCAUCUUACUGCA